AGGCGAAGGCGCACGGCGCGGCCGCGCGGCGGCGCCCUCGGCGCGCCCGUCGCCCCUGGAGCCGCUGGCAGCCCCGCGAGAGGAGCCGAAGCGGCGCGGGGCGGCCGUGGUGCAGGUCCCAGCGCCGCGCGCGCUCGCGGCCUCCGACCCGCAGCUCGCCGCCCGGGCCAGCGGCGGCGCCCCGCCCACGACCACGGCGUCCCAGGGCCUGACCUCCAAGGCGAGGCCGCCGACCCCGCCGCCGGGGCGACUGCCGGCCCCAACGAGGCCGGCGCCCGAAGGCGGCGUCGCGGCGGCGGGCGACGCGCCACCGUGGAGGCGCCCGCGCCGAGGCCCCUCGCGACGCCGCGGCUCGCCCGGUUCAGGCGGCUGGGGCCGCACCGCGCGUAGGCGGCGGCGGCGCCGCCGCCUGGAUCCGCCAUACUCGGGUCCAUCGUGCGCUUA